UGUCAUAUGUCACAUUUUGACUUCGCCCAAUUCACCUGACUUGACUGUUGUCAAAUGUGAUAUAGCUUUAAUCAGUAACAUUCACGUGAUCUUUUUCCAUAAAGUUACGACUGAAAAAUCAUUCUAGAGAUCCAGUUAUUUUAUAAAAUGGACAAAGGAAGAAAGUUCCAAUGCGCCUCUUUGUAUCUAUUAGUGUUAAUCCAUUUAUGUCAAUCCGAAUUUGUCCCUGUGUUUAUGUGGGGUACCAAAAGUACAAGUGAUCCUCUACCUGCACUUCACAAACUUAGCCAAAACAGUUUUAAGGAUUACAUUAGUGAUGUUUUAAAGAGCAACCCUACAGUAGUUCUAUUUGUCGAACAGUCUCUUAGUCCUGAAGAUUUUGGUCAAAGAGAUAGACUAGGGAAUAGUCCAUUUAAUUACUUAUCCAAAGCAAGGAAAUCAUCAAAAGUAACAUAUUUACCAUAUGUACAGAAUCCAAUUAAGGCUAUAAGACAUUCCUCUGAGGACGUAUUUGAAACUUCAAUUGAACAACUUACAGAUGAUGUUGAAAUUCCUGAUUCCAAAGUUAUCAUUGUGGCUCUAAAUGAUGCCAGAGACAACGAGCAGAGAUUUGAUCUAUUGAAACGCCAUGAUUCAUUUAUUGCAUCAGUAUAUGAGAAACUCUUGAAGGAUGAUAGCAAUGUAUUGGCUUUCUAUACUGCCCACCGUGCAUCUUGGAUUGGAUCUGGAGAAAUUCACUCAAGAAAAUCAAGGGCACUUUUUGCAGCAUCAGAUGAACAAUCGCCCAAUCAGUACUUUAGUGAAUCUAUUUUCUUCUAUACAUCUGGAAAUGCAAAUGUAACAUUAAAUAAUAAUGUUGAGACUGUUGCUCUUUCAUAUACUGAGACAAAUACCACUGAUUCAGUUGUUUUGACUGGUGCUGCUAACACUAGUAAUAUUCAGUUCAGUUUGGACUUUUUGAAAUCAUCUACUGGAUAUUGGUAUAUUCAAUCAGUCAAUUUGACUGUGAACAAUACCUUAACUCAAUUCAAUAUUAAUGGUUCCAUCUAUGCUCCCUUCAGAUUUUCUUAUGCAUGUGGUGAUCAAACUUUUGGAAAUGCCACUGCUGGAAUUACAUUACCUCAAUUUCAGGUACAACCAGUAUUUCUGUCCACAAUUUUCACAAAACAAGGAAAAUUCGAUGAUCCUUACAAUUGUGUUGGUUUUACAACAAUUCCUAUCUGGUCUGGAUUAUUUGUAACCUUCAUUUUAAUGAUUAUUAUGAGCAUAGGUUUAACAAUGAUGAUGGAUAUUAAAACUAUGGAUAGAUUUGACGAUGCAAAGGGAAAAACAAUUACUAUUAACGUUUCAGAAUAAGUGUGGUAACAAACAUUUCCUAUCUGUCUCACAAAUUAAAAAUUCCACAGUAUUAUGAGGACUAUUAAGGUGUCUUAAAACAAAGUGGUGUAUAUCAAUUUAUCCAUUUUAUUUUUCAGUCUGUUAAAAAUGCCAAAAGCCCUUAAAAACCGUGCUCAAAUUAACUGAUAUAUUCCACUUUAACAUUUCAAAAUUCUCUUACAAUUAUCAUUUGAUGUAAAUGGACCAUAUGUUACCACUGUAGUGAAAGCCUUCCUUUAAAUGUAGAUGCUUAAGUGUGGCCGGCUCUUGUGAUACUAAGCAUUCUCAAUCAAGCGCCACACUAUCUGUAAUUGGGCCUAACUGCCUAUAUAUAAUUGUCUUCUAUCUAUAUCCUCUGGACUUAUUUUAGCAUACAAAAAAUUGAAAAAUAUUUAUCACUUAGAUCAUGGUUAAUCUGUGUAUAUUUAUUACAAGCAUAAAACAAAUUUUAUCUACUGUUAUGUGUAUUUUUAACAUAAACAUAGAUAUUUGUUGUAUACCAUGUUUAAUAUAAUGUUGCAUAAAAUAUUUACUUUGUUCAGAAGAUUUAGAAGAAAAUUAAAUUAUACACCUACUUACGACAAUAGUGUUUUUUAUUCAAUUUUGAAUUUAUGAUUUAGAGAACUAUUAGGGUAGAACUAGGUAGAAUAAUUGUUAUAAAAUUGUAGUGUUCUUGCAUAAUGAAUAGGUUCUAAGCUAACCCUUUGAAACUAUUUGUAUAUUAGGCCUGCACCUAUUCAAAACGAAACGUUAUUUUGUAGAAAUGUAUCUAGUUUGUUAAUUCAUUUGUAAAUAUUUUAGACCCUGUUAAUCUGUCUAUAAAGAAAAUUGUUAUAAUUUUUAAGUGGCCUUAUUUUACCCAUUUGUUUAACCCGUUAAUAAAAAAAAAUCUUCUUCGGGAGAGCUGUGUACAUAAUUUGGUUGUUUAAUGUAUGUGUGUUGAAUCAUACAACAUUGUUCAACAUUAUAAAGUCAACUUGUAAUUUCAUUGUAGUGUCCAGUGUAAUUAAAUAAAACUAAUUUAAACAG